UCAGGGGUCAUGGACAUCGAUUAUAGUUGAAGAGCUACAGAUGCAUACCAUCCAGCUCACCAGCUCAGGUAAUGUGCCAUACCUAGAGUUCCUGGCCAGGUUUGGCGGAAUCGAUCUCAACAUAAAUGUUAUAAAGAGGGGAAAUGGGAAUGGGCUGGAUUCCUGCCGUACGCUCAAAGAUCUUGAAGCCCAAAUCGCUGAAAAGAUUUUCCGAAACAUAAAGACAAUCGUGAAAGCCUUCAAGCUCCUCGACAUUAACAGCACAGGCAUGGUGCAGUCCCAUGAGCUGAGACGGGUUCUGGAAACGUUUUGUCUAAAGAUGAGGGAGGAGGAGUACAAGAUGUUCUCCCAGCACUACAACAUUGAUGACCUCACUGCAGUGGAUUAAAACAUAUUUUUGAAGAACUUGAGCAUAAGCAACGACUUGAAAUUCAAGUACCGACUGAUUAAUCCAGUGGAGUUCUUGAGGGAGAAUCAACAAGCCAAAAGUGCCAAGAGGGAAUGGCUGCUCAACUCUAUGUCAUCUGAAGAUGUCUGGAAGAAUUGCUCCCUAGAUGACCUGGAGAGGAACUUUUGCCAUGAGCUCUGCAGGUCCUAUGAAAAGAUCGAGAAAGCCCUGAGCACAGGAGACCCCUCCAGAGGCGGCUACGUCUCUCUGAACUACCUGAAGGUUGUCCUUGACACCUUUAUACACCGGAUUCCAAGAAGACUCUUUAUCCAGUUAAUGAAAAGAUUUGGACUUAAAACCACCACUAGAGUCAAUUGGAAGCAAUUUUUAACAGUGUUUUAUGAGCGCCAGGGGUUUGAAGCCAAUAAGACAGUUCCCCCGAAGAAAAGAAGUAGCCCCCAGGCCCUCAACCGACCUCGCAAGGAAAAUGUCAUCAAGAAGUUAUUUAGAUACUCCGAAGACCAUUUCACAGCACUGAAGAAAGCACUGCUGAUAAUCAGCUCGGCCCCUGAAGGACACAUAACUUGGGAAGAAUUCCGGCAUAUUCUAAACUGCAUGAUGGGAAAGUUGAAUGAUUCGGAAUUCAAAGAAUUGAUGCAGACGUUUGACCCAGAGGGCACUGGAGCAGUGAGGAUCAGCUCCCUUCUGGAAUUGCUGGAUGAGAGCCCUAAGGUAGUGAGAAAAAUGUCCCCAUCCACAGACACCAAGACACUUCCACCCCUGGCUUGGCACUCAGUGGAAGAAAUAGUUCAUGAUGCUAUCGCCAGGAACCUCCAGGCUUUCUACAGCAUGAUGCAGUCCUACGACCUCGGAGACACGGGGACCAUUGAGAGAAAUAACUACGAGAAAGUCAUGCGCAUAUACUGCCCGUAUUUAACAAAUGAACAUUUAAUGAAGUUUCUCAGCUGGUUCCAGGGCUCAUUUUCAGGAAGAAUCCUGUACAAGAAACUGUUGGCGGACAUCGGAAUCAGUGUUCCACCCCCUGCCUCCACACUCCCUGUUCAGAAGGAUCAGCUAAGUGAGCAGCUCCUAAGCGAGGAACAGGAGCAGCCAGAUCUCCCUGAGAGAAUCCAGCUCAUGAGGGACAGCACUGCCAGGACCAAGAACAUGACCAAGGAGGAAGUGAUCGAAAGACUCAAGACCUGCAUCCAGCAGCAGGACCCCGUGUUCAAAAAGCAGUUUCUUAGCAUCAGCAAGGAGCCUAAUGGGAAAAUCAACCUGCUGGACUUCUGGAAGGUCCUGGAGGGCAGUGGGAUGCCAAUGGAUGACGAUCAGUAUGCGAUGCUGGCCGACAAGGUAGGCUACAAGAAGGAAGGGAUGGGCUACCUGGACUUCAGCACAGGAUUCGAAGAUACUAAACUAAUUGUGCCGGAAACAAUUCCACUGCAGACACAUGCUGCCUCCAACCCUAACUUGGACGAACACUUCCUAUCAGCUGAGGAGUGCCAGAAGCUCUUCCCCAAGAAGCUGAAGGAGUUCUUCGGGGUAAAGACCCCUUACUCUGCCUUCUUUAAAACAGACACUGACAGAGACGGUAUAAUCAACAUGCGUGAUCUUCAUAGAUUGCUGCAGCAGCUGCUGCUCGACAUGAAGGAUGACCAGUUUGAGCGUUUCCUCGGCCUCCUGGGCUUGAGACUUAGUGUCACUCUAAACUUCCUAGAGUUUCAAAACCUGUGUGAGAAGAAACCUUUGAGGACAGACGAGGUGCCUCAAAGCCUCAUUAGAUGCAAACAGAAACUUGCAGAAUUGGAGCUAGCUUGUGAACAGGCUCAGCAGUAUCUAUUUAUCAAGGCCCAAACCAGAUGGGCGGACUUGUCCAAGAAUUUCGUAGAAACGGAUAACAAGGGAAAUGGCAUUCUCCAGCCAAGGGACAUUAAGAAUGCUCUGUAUGGCUUUGACAUCCCCCUCACCCCAAGAGAAUUCGAGAAGCUUUGGGAAAGCAAUGAUACAGAGGGAAGGGGCUGCAUCGCGUACCAAGAGUUUCUGCAGAGACUUGGCGUUUGCUCUUUGCCAAAGGUCCACCGGCCCUACAAGGAAGACCAUUUCAACUUCCUGGGUCACUUCACAAAGCCCAAGCAGGUCCAGGAAGAGAUCCAGGAGCUGCAACAGAUGACUGACAGGGAGAAACUUGUGGACCACUAUGAAGAGAUCAGCAAAGGACUCAGUGCCCUGGACAAGGACAAAACGGGCACCACAGGCAUCUGCAGAGUGCAGAAGGUGCUGCAGGGGUGCGGCUGUCCCAUGAGGGAGGAGGAGCUCCUCGGCCUUCUGAAGAGGUGGGGAAUCAGUGUGAAUAACAAUUGCGUCAAUCACCUUGACUUCCUGAGAGCACUGGAAAUCAGCACGACCAGCAGACCUCGCCAAAAGGAAAAGGAGGAGAUUGCACCCAUCACCUUUUCCAGGCUGAACCCUGGGGACUUGAUAAAGAGCAUGCAGGCCAUGGUGGACUGCUCCCAGCAGGCUCUGUUAAAGGCAUUUUCUGCUUUGGAUAAAGAGGACACGGGAUUUGUAAAGGCUACAGAUUUUGGAGAGGUCCUUAAGGAUUUCUGCCAUAAACUAACAGAUAACCAGUAUCAUUAUUUUUUGAGGAAGCUAAGAAUUCAUCUAACACCCAACAUACACUGGAAAUACUUCCUGGAGAACUUUAGCUCUUUCCUAGAGGAGACUGCUGACGAGUGGGCUGAGAAGAUGCCCAAAGUCUUGCCCCCCAUAUCUCCCAAGGAGAUGGCCAACAGAGACAUCCUGGCACGUGUACACAAGGCAGUGACUUCCCACUACCACGCGAUUGCCCAGGAGUUUGAGAACUUUGACACUAUGAAAACCAACACAGUCUCCAGAGACGAGUUCAGGUCCAUCUGUACCCGCCAUGUGCAGAUCCUGACAGAUGAGCAGUUUGACAGACUCUGGAGUAAGAUGCCCAUCAAUGCCAAGGGGAGGCUAAAGUACCAGGACUUCCUGAAGAGAUUCGGCACAGAGAGGGCACCCUCACCACCCAUGGCUGGGGGUGACUCGGGAGACUCCACUGCAGCCCAGAGGGGGAGCAGCGCCCCCGAGGUCUCAGAAGGAGCCAGAUCUGCUAUCCUCUUACCCUCUCGGGACCCAAGAGCAGGGUUGAAAUCUCGGAGUCACCCCUGUACCCCGGUGGGCACCCCACCCCUGCAGAACUGCAAGCCCAUCGAGAGCAAGCUCCACAAGCAGGUCCAGGGCUGCUGGCGCGAGCUCCUGAAAGAGUGCAAAGAGAAGGAUGUGGACAAACGGGGGGCCAUCACAGUGUCCGAGUUCCUGGCCCUCGUGGAGAAGUUCAACUUGGACCUCAGCAUGGAGGAGGGCCAGCGGCUCAUUGUGAAGUAUGACCUGAAGAACAACAGCAGGUUCGCCUACUGUGACUUCAUCCAGAGCUGCGUGCUGCUGCUGAAAGCCAAGGAGACCUCGCUGACGCAGAGGAUGAAGAUCCAGAAUGCAGACAAGACGAAAGAGGCUGUCAUGGAGACCCCCUCCUUCUACUCUGCCUUGCUGCACAUCCAGCCCAAGAUCGUACACUGCUGGAGGCCCAUGCACCGCACAUUCAAAUCCUAUGACGAGGGUGGGACUGGGCUCCUGAGCGUGGCCGACUUCAGGAAGGUGCUACGGCAGUAUAGCAUCAACCUGUCAGAGGAGGAGUUUUUCCAUGUGCUGGAGUACUAUGACAAGUCUCUGUCUUCCAAGAUCUCCUACAACGACUUUCUACGGGCCUUCCUGCAGUAGGCACUCCUGUGGAGCUAUGUUGGGACAGGUGGGCCUCUGAGUCUGUCCCCAAGACUAGUAAAACCAGACAACUGAGGGCUUUAGUGAAAUCCCUAAAGUGUCUCCAGAACAAACCCCCACCCAGACUCUGGCUCUGGGAUGGGCAGGCUCUGGCCUGCAUCCCACAUCCCGGCCUCUCUGGGUGGUCACAGGGCAGCCGCUGGUCUUGGCAUCCUCACUCUCAUUGGUUUGAACAAAUAAGACUUUGCAUGAAUGACUCAGGACUUUAAAGGAACUGCUAGUAAUAAAAUGUUCACAAAUGUUGGGAUUCCUGGGGGUUUUUCAUGACUGCCCUCAGGAUACCC